AUGUCGAACAUCGUGGGUAUUGAGUACAACCGUGUCACCAACACUACCUCCACGGACUUUCCUGGUCACCUGGCCAAUGAGGACCAUGCUUGGGACAUGGAAAAGUUCAAGUCCAAGUUCGAUAUCAACAUCUCCCACAUUGCCGGAAGAACCGCCAACUUCGACUUGGUCAACAUCGACACCUCUGUCGCCAAUGCAUUUAGAAGAAUCAUGAUCGCUGAAGUGCCUUCUGUGGCUGCUGAAACCGUUUAUGUCUUCAACAACACUUCUGUCAUUCAAGAUGAGGUGCUCGCACACAGAAUCGGUCUUAUCCCAUUGGAUGUGGACCCAGAUGUGUUGGUCUGGCUCGAUCCUUCCGUGGACGAGAAGGAGCGUUUCAACGACACAAACACCAUCGUCAUGUCUUUGGACAUCAGCUGUACACGCAACCCUAAUGCUCCUGCCGAUGCCACGGACCCUAAUGUUCUCUAUAGAAACCUGAAUGUGUACGCCAAGGACCUCAAAUUCGAGCCACAAGGCCGUCAGACUGAGAUUUUCAAAGACAAGCCAGUCCAGCCCUGUGAUCCUGAUAUUUUGCUUGCCAAGUUGAGACCAGGCCAGGAGAUCUCAUUGAGAGUGCAUUGCAUUUUGGGAGUUGGCAGUGACCACGCCAAGUUCUCGCCCGUGUCGACCGCUUCAUACCGUUUGAUGCCUACCAUCGACAUCAAGGAGCCAAUCAAGGGCCCAUUGGCUGAAAAGUUCCAGCAAUGCUUCCCAUCGGGAGUUAUUGGCAUCGAUGAUCUGGGCAAGGCCUUCGUCGAGGACGCCAGGAAAGAUACUGUGUCGAGAGAAGUCUUGAGACACGACGAUCUAGCAUCUAAGGUAAAGUUGGGCAGAAAGAGGGACCACUUUAUCUUUAACGUGGAGUCUACCGGUGCCAUGGCACCCACAGAAGUCUUCCUCAAGUCUGUUCGUGUGUUGAAGAACAAGGUGGACUACUUGAGAAACUGUCCUAUCGGCCAGUAA